GCGAGCUGAGCAAUAAUGAAGUUGAGUGUAGUGCGUAUGAACAGCCCGGUGCUCAAACUUGGACGCAGAGUGAAAAUAAUGGUGUUUUUCGCUGAACUGAGCAGACAGGUCACUGAGACGAAGACUUGGGACUUGUCUGUGAGUUUGUAAACGUGUUUAAUCGAGUGUAAAUGACUCUUCGGGCUUUGUUUUUGGACUGUGGCUGGUAAUGGGCAGCAGUGGCUGAAGUGUGUAGAUCGAGUCAGUGACAGGCUGCAGACAGCAGGGAGAGCUGUGCGGACGACACUCUGAUUAUGAAAGUUUGCGACGAGUGAAGGAAAUCUGGGAUCUUUGCUGGGACGAAAAUAACUUUACACUGCAGUGUGUUGGAGGACAAACCAAGCAGCCAUGGAGGCCUCACAGGACCUCAACGAACAGAUGGUGAAGAAAUCACACGGUGAAUCUCAUGUUCCAGACCCUUCGGACGCCAGGUCUAUGGAAAUGCAGGACCUAGCCAGUCCUCAUAACCGUGUGGGAGGUGGAGAUUCAACGGGCUCCAAGCUGGACAAGAACAACCUUGGCAGCCCAUCCAUCACCACCAAUGGAACAGGAGGUGAAAACAUGACCGUUUUAAACACGGCUGAUUGGCUGCUGGGCUGCAGCAGCCCGCCCCCUGCCCCUGGCUCCAAGGACUAUGUGAAAACCGAGCCUAUGAACAACAGUGAUACAGUAACAACGACAGGCGACACAGUAUUGGACACAUACGCAGGCUCAGUCAUCACCAGCAGCGGAUACAGCCCUCGUUCAGCCAGCCAGUACUCCCCUCCGCUCUACCCCUCCAAACCGUACCCUCACAUCCUCUCCACACCAGCAGCUCCUCCCAUGCCCACAUACGCUGGUCAGCCCCAGUUUGGCAGCAUGCAGCAGUCCACUGUCUACACCGCAUACUCCCAGACAGGACAGGCAUAUGGACUGUCCACCUAUGAUCUUGGUGUAAUGCUGCCGGGCAUUAAGACUGAGAGCGGCCUGGCCCAGAGUCAGUCUCCUCUGCAGACGGGCCUCAGCUACAGCCCCGGCUUCACCACACCUCAGCCUGGACAAACUGCAUACUCUCCCUACCAAAUGCCAGGUUCUAGUUUCACUCCUUCCUCAGGCCUUUACGCCACCAACAACUCAGUGUCCAACCCCGCCAACUACACUGCCACACAGCAGGAUUAUCCCUCUUACACAACAUUUGGCCAAAACCAGUAUGCCCAGUAUUAUUCUGCCUCCACUUAUGGGACUUAUAUGACCUCAAACAGUGUGGACGGCACAGGCUCCACAGCCGCUUACCAGCUGCAAGACCCCACUCCUGCUCUGACUGGACAGGCUGCUGAACUCCACCCAGGGGAUUUUGACACAGUGCAGAGCCCCUCAACGCCUAUCAAAGAGCUGGACGAUCGAGCCUGCAGGAGCGGGGGUUCCAAGUCUCGAGGCAGGGGCAGAAAGAACAACCCAUCGCCUCCGCCUGAUAGUGACCUGGAGAGGGUGUUUGUGUGGGACCUGGACGAGACGAUCAUCGUCUUCCAUUCUUUGCUCACGGGCUCCUAUGCACAGAAAUAUGGCAAGGACCCUCCAAUGGCAGUAACUCUGGGUCUGAGGAUGGAGGAAAUGAUCUUCAACUUAGCAGAUACACACUUAUUCUUUAAUGACCUGGAGGAGUGUGACCAGGUUCAUAUUGAUGAUGUGUCAUCAGACGACAAUGGACAGGACUUAAGUACUUACAGUUUUGCAACUGAUGGCUUCCAUGCAGCUGCAACCAGCGCCAACCUGUGCCUGGCUACGGGCGUCCGCGGCGGGGUCGACUGGAUGAGGAAGCUGGCCUUCCGCUACCGACGAGUCAAAGAGUUGUAUAGCACAUACAAAAACAAUGUGGGGGGCCUGCUUGGUCCUGCUAAAAGAGACGCCUGGCUGCAGCUCAGAGCAGAGGUGGAGGCUCUGACUGACUCUUGGCUCACCCAUGCACUCAAGUCCCUGUCCAUCAUCAGCUCCAGGAGUAACUGUGUAAAUGUGUUGGUGACCACGACGCAGCUCAUACCAGCACUGGCUAAAGUUCUCUUAUACAGUUUGGGAUCAGUUUUCCCCAUCGAGAACAUCUACAGCGCAACAAAAAUAGGAAAAGAGAGUUGCUUUGAACGCAUAAUGCAAAGGUUUGGCAGGAAAGUAGUGUAUGUUGUAGUUGGUGACGGUGUGGAAGAGGAGCAGGCGGCCAAAAAGCACAACAUGCCUUUUUGGAGGAUAUCCAGCCACUCUGACCUGCUGGCUCUACACCAAGCACUGGAGUUUGAAUACCUGUAACUAUUUUAGCGCUAUGGACUCAUACAAUGUACCAUGGACACAGUCAGCCAGGCAGCCCCUUCUUUUGUAUAACUAUUUAAGAACAAAUACACUGCAACUGUUUUUGUGAUUUUUUUUUUGUCUUGUUUUUUGAACGUCUGGAUUUACAAACUCUGAACGGUCUUAAGAAGAAAGGAAGGGUUGACAAUGAAGAACUUUGGGAGAGGUAAAGAGGUGAUUUGAACACCCAGCUCAGCCCGCCUGGUCCUGAUGCUGGAAGUGGGCCGCUGUGAAAAUGACCCUUCUUGCAUCUGUAGCAAACUGAGAGCCUAAAAAGGCUUCAAACCUUCCCGAUCCAGGAGGACGUUUGGUUUGUUCUGGAGAACAAAUGAUCUUCAAACUACGAGGGCUUCUCUGUACAGGCAGCGUUCUGUGUGCGAGGAGAAAAGCUGCUUUUUAAGUGUUUUCUUCCUGGUGGUAUAAUCACAACACAUCAAUGCAGUCUGUGGCAGAAACUUGUGUAAAUUAUUUACAAUAAACUUAAAGGGCAGCGGUGAAUAUGUUCAAAGGAAGGAACCUUUACUUUUGGGGUCUUUUUUUGUUCUCUGGAUUUUUGUAAUUUUUGGGUGGGGGGGAUUGGGA